CUUGCACUUUGCAGGGAAUGGUCAUGGUUGUCAUGGAUACGGGUUUUAUCACCUAUCAAUUUAAUUUGAAAAUUUAAAGAUAUAGUUAUUUAGUGAACAAAAAUCGUUUUUUUUUUAUUUUCUCACUAAGUGGUCAAACAAUAUAAAAUACAAAUUUAAUAUUAUUUACACGAAUACACCAUGAACGUUAAGAAUAAUGAUAAUUAUGUGACAUCUUACAGAGCGGCUCAUACAUUGAUACCUAAUGUACCAUUCGAAAGUAAUGUAUCGUCACUAGACCCUGGAAUUGAAUCGAAACCCAAUAUUCCAGAGUUGAAACAAUGGAAUUAUGACACGUCGACAAACAUUCAUCAUGAUUAUAAAAUUAAUGCAAUGGAUCCUAUUCAGAAAUCUACAAAAUUAAAUGUUGACCAAAUUCAGUAUAUAAUGCCUCAUUUUGAAAAAUAUUGGUCAAAUCCUCCAAAACCAAUAUACAUACCACCAACUGAAUACAAUGAUAAAUACAUACAACCAAAAUUGAUGUCGAACAUCGAACAUUUGCCAGCAACAAUGAUUUGUGGGCAAAUAACACCAGAUGCUCAAAAACAUCUUAAUGUAAUGCAAACGUUAAAAGUUAGUGAUGCUGGUGCAAUUAGAAAAGUAGACCCAUAUGUUAGUACUCAGAAAUUAGAUUACAUCGAAAUAAAUCCAGAUAUAGCAAAACAAUUAAAUUCUAAAUAUUCAAAAUUAAAACACAUUAAACCAGCAUACAAGCCAUUUUAUGAUGAACCAAUAUUCAAUCGACAGAAUGCUAUUCGUUUACUGCCAAACACAUUAAAACACAUUCCACAUAAUGCUCUUAAAUCUGAGAUGAAAGCUUCAUAUAAAAUACCAGUUCACAUAUCAACAUUUGUGAAUACUGUUGAAAUUCCAAUAUCCAUAUCCAGGAAUUUAACUUUGUCUCAAUUAUUGUCUGUACCAGGGAUGUACACAAGUGAAUACUCAAAAAUUGGUGGACAUUAAUAAUACACAAAUUAUAUCAUCAUAGUAAAUAAUUAGAUGAUUAAUGAUUACAAAAAAUAUAAUUUUACAAUACUUAGACUUUUUUUCAGAAAUAAAUAAUAAUAAUUAGUUUGUUAUUAAAAAUAAAAAUUGAUCAAAUUAA